AUGGCUUGCCCCGCUCUCGGUCUGGAAGCCCUUCAGCCCCUGCAGCCCGAACCACCUCCGGAGCCUGCCUUCGCCGAGGCACAGAAGUGGAUCGAGCAAGUCACUGGUCGAAGUUUUGGAGACAAAGACUUCCGGACAGGACUGGAAAAUGGAAUCCUUCUUUGCGAGUUGCUGAAUGCUAUAAAGCCAGGACUUGUUAAAAAGAUCAAUAGAUUGCCUACCCCCAUUGCAGGAUUGGACAACACCAUCGUAUUCUUGAGAGGCUGCAAAGAGCUUGGCCUUAAAGAAUCUCAACUCUUUGACCCGAGUGACCUCCAGGAUACGUCCAACAGGGUCACUGUCAAGAACCUUGAUUAUAGCAGGAAACUGAAAAACGUGUUAGUGACCGUUUACUGGCUGGGGAAAGCUGCCAACAGCUGUGCAUCCUACAGUGGCGUCACACUGAACCUGAAGGAGUUUGAAGGACUGUUGGCUCAGAUGAGAAAGGAGACUGAUGACAUUGAGAGCCCCAAGCGCAGUGUCCGAGACAGUGGCUACAUCGACUGCUGGGACUCAGAGCGCAGCGACUCCCUCUCUCCUCCCCGCCACGGCAGAGAUGACUCUUUCGACAGCCUGGAUUCUUUUGGCUCCCGCUCCCGGCAGACACCUUCACCAGAUGUAGUCCUCAGGGGAAGCAGCGAUGGAAGAGGAAGCGAUUCUGAAUCAGACUUGCCACACCGGAAGUUGCCAGAUGUGAAGAAAGAUGAUAUGUCCGCACGACGGACAUCCCACGGUGAGCCGAAGUCAGCAGUGCCUUUUAACCAGUACCUCCCGAACAAAAGCAACCAGACGGCCUACGUCCCAGCACCUCUGAGGAAGAAGAAGGCGGAGCUGGAGGAAUAUCGGAAGAGCUGGAGCACAGCCACCUCCCCCCUGGGUGGGGAGAGGCCCUUCAGUUAUCCUGAAACAAUAGAGGAGGAGGGGAGUGACGCGGGGUCCCCCAGUGAAGAUGACCCCAGUGGCCUGAUGGGCCCGGAGGGCAAGCCUAAGGAUGCCUUAGAAGCGCCUCCCAGCAAUGGCGAGGGGCAGUCUCGUGGGGGCGUUGCUGCGGUGCUAGCUGCCACACCGGAAGACAGAGAUGCUGUGGAAAGCCGAAAGCACAGGAGGCUGGAGCAAGCCGGGAUCAAGGUCAUGCCUGCAGCGCGGCGCUUUGCCAGAUACGGUCCAAGAACUCCUGUGUCAGAUGACGCAGAGAGCACAAGCAUGUUUGACAUGCGGUGUGAGGAGGAGGCAGCAGCGGUGCUGCCGCACAGCAGGGCCCGCCAGGAGCAGCUGCAGCUGAUAAAUAGCCAGCUGAGGGAAGAGGACGACAAAUGGCAAGAUGACCUGGCUCGCUGGAAGAGCCGUAGAAGAAGUGCUUCUCAGGACUUAAUCAAGAAAGAGGAAGAAAGGAAAAAAAUGGAGAAGUUGAUGUCUGGCGAAGAUGGCGCAAGUGAACGAAGGAAAAGCAUCAAAACUUACAGAGAGAUUGUCCAAGAGAAAGAGCGGAGAGAGAGGGAGCUGCACGAGGCGUAUAAGAACGCGCGGUCACAGGAGGAGGCAGAGGGCAUCCUCCAGCAGUACAUCGAGAGGUUCACCAUCAGUGAGGCUGUGCUUGAACGCUUGGAGAUGCCAAAAAUUCUGGAAAGAAGCCAUUCAACAGAGCCAAACUUAUCCUCCUUCCCAAAUGAACCCAGCCCCAUGAAGUACUUGCGGCAGCAGUCACUGCCUCCACCCAAGUUCACUGCCACAGUGGAAACCACCAUUGCUCGUACCGGUGUCCCAGAGACCAGCGUAGCAGCAGGCAGUGGGUCUCCAAGCAAAACCAUCACUCCCAAUGCAGUGCCUAUGCUGACACCCAAGCCUUACUCCCAGCCCAGAAACUCUCAAGAGGUUCUGAAGACUUUUAAGGUAGAUGGGAAAGUCAGCAUGAAUGGAGAAAUGGCCCAUGGAGACGAGGAAGAAAAGGAAAAAGAGGGACCCACAGUGGCAUCUGGCCCGCCCUUCACCAAGUCCCAGAUGUUUGAAGGCGUGGCCACAGUUCACGGCUCUUCUGUGAAAGUGAAGCAAGGCAGCAACAGCGUUGAGAUCAACAUCAAGAAGCCAAAUUCCGCCGCACAGGAGCUGACAGCAGUCUCCGAUGAAACUGAGUCAAACAGCCAAGAGGAGGAGUUUAAUCAUGACGAGAAGUCGGGGAUGCGGGAAGUGGAGCUGGCCUCAGCAGACCUCCCCGCAGAGCCACAGCAUUUUACAACAACUGUGACUCGGUGCAGCCCAACGGUGGCCUUUGUGGAGUUUGCCUCCAGCCCACAGGUGAAGAGCGAGGUGCCCGAAGACCCAGACCGGAAGAAGCCAGAGGAUGAGAUGAGCGGGAAGGUGGAGUUAGUGCUGUCACAGAAGGUGGCAAAGCCAAAAUCCCCAGAACCGGAAGCAACCUUGAUGUUUCCACUUCUCGACAAAAUGCCUGAAACCAAUCAACUGCAUUUGCCAAAUUUGAAUUCUCAAGCGGAUUCUCCAAGCAGUGAAAAGUCCCCCGUGACUACACCUUUUAAGUGCUGGACGUGGGACCCGGAAGAGGAGCGCAGGCGACAGGAGAAAUGGCAGCAGGAGCAAGAGCGGCUGCUCCAGGAGAGGUACCAGAAGGAGCAAGACAAGCUGAAGGAAGAGUGGGAAAGGGCCCAAAAGGAGGUGGAAGAAGAAGAGCGCAGAUACUACGAGGAGGAGCGUAAGAUAAUUGAAGACACUGUGGUUCCAUUCACUGUCUCCUCAAGUUCUGCGGACCCGCUGUCUACUUCCUCCUCCUCGGCUGAAGGCAGUGGGACGGUGGAUAAGAUGGAAAAGUGUCCAGACAAAGAAAAAGAGAGAAGACAGAAGACACCUUUCCAGGAGAAUGGCAGUGACCCGUCGCUCAGCACUAGGGAAAGCAGCCUGCCAGAGGAGGACAGCCUAACUCAAGGGCCUUCAGCGCACUCUGAAAACUCCAUGUCAGAAGGAAUCCAUCAGGACCCGCAGCUCGGGGCAGAGGCUGGAGCCCCACCCUGUGUUACAAACCCACAGCCAGCUCAGGAUCCACCUCAGGAUCAACAGAUCUCAAACCCGCCAGCAGACAUGUCGGAGGGUGUGAAGCCCAAGACCCUGCCCCUGGCUAGAAGCGUCAAUCAUCAGAUUGAGUCUCCGGGUGAAAGGCGGAAAUCUGUAAGCGGGAAGAAGCUGUGCUCCUCCUGUGGGCUAGCCUUGGGAAAAGGUGCCGCGAUGACCAUUGAGACCUUGAAUCUCUACUUUCACAUCCAGUGUUUCAGGUGUGGCAUCUGCAAAGGGCAGCUCGGAGAUGCAGUGAGCGGGACAGACGUUAGGAUUCGCAACGGUCUCCUAAACUGCACUGACUGCUACAUGCGAUCCAGAAGCGCUGGCCAGCCUACAACACUGUGAUGGGGCCGUGAGCCCCAGGAUCACCGAGCGUUUCUUUAUUAAGGGUGUCCCUUGGCAACUGCUUAAUUAAAGCCCAAGCUCAGGGGCUUGUCAGCCUUCAUCUAAUUUCUGGAAGACCCUCCUACAAGGUGGUAUCUGCUCUUUUGUAUUGUAGCACAAUGUUUGUGCUUCUCCUGGUUUGGGGUGGG